AUGUCUGCUGCACUUUCCGAAAUCGGUGGUGAUAAACAAACUGUUGAAAAUGCGUUGAGUACGAUACACAGUCGAUUGAAAUGUUAUACAAAUGAUCAAAUAACAAUUCUUGACGAUCUUAUGUCGACUAUCGAAGCAUUUUACAAAACAGAAAAGCACACACAUGAGAAAAUGCAAGGGAGUUUACAAAAGUCACUUGAACAUGCUCAAAGUCUUUCCUAUCUUGGAUCGAGCAUCAUCGGCUCUAGUUGGACGACGGCAGUUAAAGAACUAAUGGAACAUUAUUCCCAACGAGAAGCUGUCUAUCCUGUACUUAGACAAGUAAUCUGUGAAAAUCUGAAGAAAGUCAGAGCAGAGAAAGUCGACGAACACGGGAAGGUCUUAUUGUACGAUGAAGAAAUCAUCAAAGAAAUGGGAGAUGUCGAACGUCGAACAUUGAAAAGUAAACGGGCGUACGAUGAAGCAUGUGAACGUGUUCGACAACAUUUGAAUCCUGUGAAGGAAAAAGAAAGCGGAAUAAAAAAGUUGCAAUCCAAAUUAUUACCUAAAAAUGAAUUAGAAAAACUAGAAAAUGCGGUUAUAGACACACGCAAUAUGUACAUUCUACAUGUUUGCGAAAUGAACUACGCAUUGAAAUUUUACAUCGAGCAAUUUAUUGUCGAUCUUGAUAGAUUACUCGUCUGCGAUCUGUUUCAACAAAUUGAUAAAAUUUUGCAAGAUCUUGUUUAUAGCGAAUACGAACGUCUACGUGAUACACUUCAACGUGCUGUUCGUGCUGCUGUCGGGGAUGGCGACGAACAGAAACGACGUUUAUUACCUAAAACAUUCCAAACUUAUCCUUUAGUUCUUCAAUCUGACCAUAACGAUCAGAUCAAUACAGACGAAAAACAUUUAACACCACUUUCGACAAGCUAUGCCUCGGCUACGAAUGAUAUUCGUGAAGCUGAUCAACAAAUACAACUUGCUUUAGAAAGCUCGGCUUUGAACGCUCAACAGUAUAAAGACUCAAGAAUGGAUUCGAGUAAAAUUCGACUUAAACGAUUAGAGAUGCGAAAGUCAAUUGCAAUGUUCGUUGUUGAAACAUUAGAAACUCUGGCGCCGAAUAUAAAAUCCACACCGGUAGCAGUCCGUACUACAACGAAAUUUAUCAAUGGUUUGAAACCUUUCAUAUCCAGUCGAAAAGAAUCUAACAUUACUAACCAAUCGACUGACCCAGCACCUUCAUCUCCAGUUUCGGCUGACUCUGAUACUUCACAUCCACGAUCGGGUUCGACAUCGAUGUUUCCAUGUCAAGCAGUCGUUUUAUACGAUUUCGAAGGAACAAAUAACGAUGAAAUGACUGUACGAAAAGAUGAAAAGAUAUUCAUUGAAUCGAAACCCGACUAUGAAGGUUGGCUAAUUGCCAGGGGACGUGAUCGAUCUGGACUCGUACCGGAAGCAUACGUUCAAUUAUUAACACCCAUGGGUGUUCCUGCAGAACCAGUCACAAUGAAAACCUCGGUAACAAAUGUAUCUAUGACAGCAACACAUUCCACUCGUGAUGACGAAGCUGACUAUUUUUCUGACGAUUGA